AUGCCAUCGGUUAUAACGAAACAUAGCCCAGCAGAUCUGUUUGUGCUGCGUAUUGUACGCGUAAAGAUUUCUGGGUCGACAACACCAGGCAGAACAGCGCGGGCAAACUCUGACGAUAGCUCUGACGAUAGCUCUGACGACAGCUUUGACGACAACUCCAGUGACACCUCUGACGGCAGCUCUAACGACACUUCUGACGACAGCUCUAACGACACCUCCGACGACAGCUCUAACGACAGCCUUUCUGACAAAAUGACGUCUAAUAAAUUGGGGCUAACAGAGGAUGUGACGUCUAAUAAAUUGGAGCGAACAGAGGAUGCCACGUCCAGUAAAUUGGAGGGAACAGAGGAUGUGACGUCUAAUAAAUUGGAGCGAAAAGAGGAUGUGACGUCUAAUAAAUUGGAGCGAACAGAGGAUGUGACGUCUAAUAAAUUGGAGCGAACAGAGGAUGUGACGUCUAAUAAAUUGGAGCGAACAGAGGAUGUGACGCCUAAUAAAUUGGAGCGAACAGAGGAUGUGACGUCUAAUAAAUUGCUCCUUUUACUGCAUGUUUCAAUCUAA